UAUAAUCACAGUUCUGCCAGCUGGGCGGUUCCGAUUUUCAUAUUUAUAUUAUAAUUAAACAAAACAAAUUAUUUUUGCCAUUGUGUGCCUACGCAACAAAAUUUAAUGUUCGAGCCAGCGCCAACCGUGACGUGUACAUCGACUUUUACUCUAAUUAAAGAGAGGUGCUCGCGUGCCCGCUAUAUGGCAGAGGCCUCAACAUGAAGGUGGACGCGGACGGCCGGGAAGCAGCAGCCUGCAGUGCUACUCCGAUUGCUAGUAAUACAGAGUCGCCUGUCUCAUUCCUUGACGACUGCGGUGUAACCACCUUAGAUUCGAUCCCGACGCCCGAGAAGGCAUUGCUCGCCAAACUGGAGGAGGAAAAUCGGAGGAUCGAGGCGGACGCGAAGUGCCCCUCGCUAACCACAGUGCACAGUCGCAAGAGCUCUGAUACGUCACAGAUAUCGUUAGCUUCGGCAACAAGCUCAAGCCAUGAAGAGGCAAAGGUCGAGAGCAACGGCGAGGAAGAUUUAUGGAGUCUCUGGGGCAGACUGGUUAGCAAUUGGGAGACGGAGUGGCGUCGUCGCAACCAGUUCGUACGAGAACUCGUUCGGCAGGGGGUCCCUCAUCAUUUUAGAGGCAUCGUAUGGCAGCUACUAGCAGGAGUCGAUGCCUCCCCUGAUAAGAAGCUCUACGCGUCUUAUAUUAAGGCCAAAUCAGCUUGCGAGAAGGUGAUUCGUCGCGAUAUCGCUCGCACCUACCCAGAGCACGAUUUCUUCAAAGAAAAAGAUGGCCUCGGUCAAGAAUCCCUUUUUAAUGUAAUGAAGGCGUACUCGCUCCACGACAGAGAAGUCGGCUACUGUCAAGGCUCUGGUUUCAUUGUUGGGCUGCUAUUAAUGCAGAUGCCCGAAGAGGAAGCUUUUGCAGUGUUGUUGAAGAUAAUGCAGCAUCAUCGGAUGCGAGACAUGUUCAAGCCGAGUAUGGCUGAACUCGGCUUGUGCAUGUUCCAACUUGAGAACCUCGUUCAAGAGCUCUUGCCUGAUCUCCACGUACAUUUUCAGUCUCAGAGCUUCAGUACAUCGAUAUACGCAAGCAGCUGGUUCCUGACACUCUUCACGACUACACUCUCGCUACCGCUAGCUUGUCGUAUCAUGGACGUAUUCCUCUCUGAGGGCAUAGAGAUUGUGUUCAAGGUCGCUCUAGCAUUGCUCACGCUUGGCAAGAAUGAUAUUUUGUCGCUGGAUAUGGAAAGUAUUCUAAAGUACAUGCAGAAAGAGUUGCCGUCGAAAGCGGAGGCCGAUCAGGACGCGUUUAUGAAUCUCGCAUAUUCAAUCAAAGUUAAUCCUAAGAAAAUGAAGAAAUUAGAAAAGGAAUACACGGUUAUAAAAACUAAGGAGCAGGGAGACAUUGCUGUGCUCAGAUGUCUCCGGCAAGAGAAUCGUCUACUAAAACAGCGAGUUGAACUCCUCGAGAAAGAAAGUUCGGCGCUCGCGGAACGCUUGGUCCAAGGUCAAGUAGACCGAGCUGAAGGCGAAGAAGAGACUUUCGCUUUAGCCCGAGAGGUUCAAGCAUUGAGGCGAGCCAAUAUGGACGCUCAGCAGAGGUUAGCAGUGGCCCAAGACGAGAUCAGGAGCUUGGAAAUGACUAUUGCAGAGAACAAUUCCCGUCAAUCAUCUCUAGAAGGCACUGAAGGUAACAACGCAAAAGGCGAAGAACUCGCACGCUGUCUUCAACGAGAACUCGUUCGUGCCAGACUCGAUGCAGCGGAGAGACAGGCUGCCGAGAGGGAACUGAACGCUAGGAUCGCAGAACUAGAAAAUGAAAACAAAAUAUUAAGAAAACAACGCGUGGAUAAUAACGUCGCACACUUGCAGGAUGAGUUGAUAGCAGUAAAACUUCGCGAAGCAGAAGCUAAUCUUUCGUUAAAGGAUCUACGACAACGUGUCACCGAAUUAUCAGAUGCUUGGCAAAAGCAUUUGCAGGAACAUAAACAGGAGGCUCCGCCGCCACCCGCUCAGUCGAAUGUUGUAUCAGAUAUAAUGGCAACACCUAAAAAGUUGCUGCGUGCCUGGGAAGGCAGGUCCGCGGACAUGCAGAAACUUGAAGAGGAAUUGAUGACUAUUAGGAUAAAAGAAGUCGAAGCACUUACUGAGUUGAAAGAGCUCAGACUUAAGGAAAUGGAGCUCCGGACUCAAGUGCAGGUGUCGACGAACCAGCUUCGCAGGCAGGACGAGGAAUUAAGGCAGCUACGUGAGGCGCUCGAUUCAGCGCUGCAGAGGGAACGAACGCUACAGACCAGGCAACGGGAAUUCCAGCAUAAAUAUUCGGAUCUGGAGAGCAAGGCGAAAUAUGAAUCAAUGCAAGCUAAUAUAAGAAACAUGGAAGACGCUCAGAGGAUAGCCGAAUUAGAAACUGAAGUAUCAGAAUAUAAGUUAAAAAACGAAGUGAUGGCGACGGAGGGCGAACUAAGAAGUAAUAAUAUGGACGAUUCAGACAGAGUUCGCGAAUUGCAGGAGCAAGUCGCAGAGUUGAAGGCCGAGUAUCCGACACCGAUCACAACGCCGGACGGAGAGCCCUGGAAGUGGUUCGACGACGCGCGAAAUUAUUUACAUCAUAAUUAUAUGUACCAGGUCGUGAGGUUAGAGGCGUGGAAGGCGCGCGUGCUGGGCCGUUCGCUCAGCCGCACCACCUCUUUCGAAGACGACAUCGAAGAUGACGAUAAACUAAAUCUCAUCCUACGGAGGGAAUCCUCAGCAUCACUAGACCUCAAUAGAAAGACUACGUAGCACGCAUUAAACACUUGUGGAACUUGUUCGUAUUUUUUAUUUUAUAAAUGAAUUAUCAUUAUUUUUAUUGAUCGCGCAGCUUUCUUAGCUAUUGUACUUAUUUAUUUUAUGGAUAUAUACAUAACAUAUACACAUAGUCUAGAUACCAUUAGACGAUGGUGACCAUUUUGCUGUAUAAUCUCUAAAUUUAACAGGACUUAAACUAUUGCUAUCCUUUUCUACAUCGCACGUAUGAAAGAGAUAGCAACAGCAUAUCGCUAUGAAAUCAAUUUAAUUGAGAAUAUGUAGAAAUGCGCCUCAGUAAAUGUUUAUCAAUGUAAAGUUUAAUUUGAGGAUAAAUUAACUUUUUUGUGUGUAUAUUUAUAUAUUAAAUGUGUGCGCGCAUGCAUGUGUGUCCAUAUGUAUAGAUAUUAUUUCUUAUGUUUGUCCGUUGUUAGUUGGAUUUAAUUUUUUUUUUUUUUAAUUUAAAUCAUUGUAUUAUUGUGUUCAAAUAAAGAGCCUAUUUUUUAUGUACAAUUAUAACAAGUUCCGAAUAAACGUUCUUUAAUAUUGUGGUCAUAAAAAUAUUUGCAAAAUUAAUAAUAAGGCGACUUAUUUAAUACGACGUCAUUUUUAUAUAUUUAUAUUGUAGACAUUUUCAUGUUAGUCGAUUACGAUAACGCGUUUCGUGAGAUUUGAUAACGACUGCUAAGUAUAGGAAAUAUGAUAUAUCAUUUUUGUAUACCGUUGUCUGAGGAUAAUUUAAAUUUAAUACAAUUAUAGAAUCAAUUAAUUUCAUUUACUAAUAUGAAAUUAUAUAAAAAAAAAAUACCAAUAAUUAAACAUUAAACCAUUUAUAACUUAAACAAAAUUUCUAUAUAUAUAUAUAUAUAUUUAGAAUCGAUCAAAUCUCACGACUUUUAUAAGCAAAAUUUAGUCUCUAAGAAUAAACUAGACUAGGGAGAUAACAAUAGCAUGUUGUCUCUAUCCUAUCGCGUAGACAUUAAAGUCGAUAAAACUAAACAUCGUAAAUAACCGUACUAGGAUUUAAUAGCAAUUAGUCAAUUUGUAAUAAUACUAGACCAGCCGCAACUUAGGUCUGAGAUAAAUCAAUCUACACCUAAACUCAAUAAGUCUGAUUAACUAGCCUUAUUAAACAAAAUGUGCCGAAUUCUGAUUUAAUGUAUGCAAUUUCUUUGACCACUCAUUAAUUUUCAACCAAACAGCAGUACAUUGUACUCUGUUGUCUCUUGAAGGUUGAAUAAGAUUAUCUCGCAAGUUACAGAAGGCUAUAUGAUAAUUGCGUAAUUGCUAUUUUCUGUGACAGACUCGGGCGAAACGUAAUCACAUUUAUGAUAGAUAAUAAAAAUUACAAUCAUCGCGUGGGCAUGCUCUUGAGCAUUUACUUGAUUCACUAACGUUACUUUUUUGCUUACUUUGAUUAUACUGUGAUCGGGAUUGAUGAUUACAUAUUGUAAUCGUAAUCGCAAAUCAUUAAUCUGAUUCCACUUUGCCCAAGUCUGAUUAUUAACGCAUUGAUCAAUGUUAUCGCGAGGUAAUAACCAUCACGUUGCCCAUUUGACGUCAUGUCAAAUGAACUUAUUCUACAUAUGGAUUGCGUACAACAUAAUCGGUUAUGUAAACUUAGUAGCAAAACAUAUAACACGCAUACUAAUAAGAAAUUAGGGUUUUAAUAAUAAAGAUAGUGUUUUCAAUCGAAAUAGAGUUCACAGUAUGAUGUUGCGGCUUAACUUUUAAAUAAAAUGUAUUGAAAGUAAUGCACGUAUUUCUCUAGAAGUUUUUCAUUGUUAGAUUAGUGUUUAAUAUCGUUUGUACUCUCUUAGUCUAGAUAACAAUAGUGUCCAAUUCCCGAUGCCAAGUUUAUAGAACAUUAUCUUAUCCUCAAUAUAUAUUUACGAACGAAUUUAGAACUUCUUAUUAUGUACGACGGUAGUAAUUAAACGUAGUUACAUUUUAUUAAGUAAUUAAAUCAAAAUUUUGCACUAAUACAAGUUUACUUAUUUUUUUAAUAUAUAAUAGUUAACACGUUCUUUUAUAACCAGCAAAAUACAUGUAAAUUUAAUUUUGUGAUACGUUAAAAUUUUAAUACUAUUUAAAGUCCAUGAAUAAUUUAUUAAUUAAAAAACAAUGACGGUAAAAUGUUGACGCAUUUUUUUUAAAGAAAAAAAAACGAAUCGUAUUCGAACAUUUUAAAAAUGUUUUGUAAUCUAUGUUUCUCUACUGUUCGAUAAGUAUUUUUUUUAAUUCUUUUAUUUCAGUAUUAAUGUAUAAAAUAUAAGCAUGCGUUCACAUACACACUAAAUCCUAUUUUAUAACCAUUCUAAUAAAUUAAGACAAUCAUUAAUAUUAUAACAACGUGACAUUCCAUUAUGCGUAUUAAUUUUAUAAGUUAUUGCCUUUAUGGUUGUGUGGGUAUAUGUUGUUAUUCGAAUUAGUUUAAGCCAUACAUAUAUAUCAUUCCUUAGGUCAAGAAAUUACAGCUUAUGUGACCCAAUCCGAAUUAUCUUGACUUUUCCAACAGCAUAUUACAAACUAUAUAACAAUGAACGAAUUAUAACCGACUUUUUUUACUAUUAUUAAAUAACGCAUCGGUUUAUUCGUUGUUUUGAAAAAUGUGCGUAUUUUUUUUCAAAUGAUUGAUCUAUUUAAACAUGGAGUUGUUAAUUGAUAAAUCUUACGAAUAUAAUCUCAAGACAAACAAUAUGUGUAUGUCUAACUAACAUUCAACAUGAUUGUAUGUACUUAGUUAAUUAUUUACUUGUUGUUAUAGGUUUAAAGGUUUUAAUAUUAAAUGACAAUACUCAUUUAAGUUGUCCUUAAUCCGCAGAACAUUGAUAAUUUUCAAAAAAACAUAUCUUACAUUUUAUUAUUCGUGCUCUCUAAAUUCUUAUAUUACAAUUUAUUGCUCGUUCGGAAAUCAUAUUUAAAAAACAAAAAAUGACGUAAAUUAAAACGAUAAAAGGGAAAACUUUUAUGUCAACGUUAUUCGUUAUUUUUGUAGCCGUCAAACAAUUAUACCUGUAAGAUUUAUAAGUAUUCUAGAAGAAAAUGCACAGCUUAACCAAAUAAAAUUUUCUUAUUCCCUUUGCGUAAAGUAAAACAUCAAUUUAUUAUCAUUAAUAUAUUCGUCGUUAUCUCUGAUUUCGAAUUUUAAAAUAAUUUUAUUUUAGCGAAUGUAUUUUAUUUAUAAAUAAAAUAAGUACGAAAUAUAUCUUUGUGUGGUUAUAAAAGCAUCUUUUUGGCAGUUAUUAAUAGUUUGUAUAAUUUAAUUGUUAAUUAAUAAUAACAAUUAUGUUAUUAUUAAAAAUUAUUCCCCAGAUAUAAUAUAUUUUAAAACGUAGUAUUUCUUAUCGUUUUAUAUAAGUUUUAUUUAAUAUUUUAUAUACAGAUUUUUCUUUAUGAUUGAUUUUAAUUCUUUCUAGCGAAACGUACGUGCAAUAGAGAAAUCUUAUUAAGUUAUAAAUAUUAUUUUAUUGUAUUUAUUUAUUUGUUAAGACAUUAUUAAAUAUUGGUCUCGAAUUUCAUUUUAACUGAGUCGUCGCUUGAUUUAAUCAGUACCAGCUACCAAUUACUAGUCGAAAUUAAUAAAUAUAGAAAUACCACUGCACAUAUUUUAUACUCAUUUUUAGAACCACUUCGAAUAGUAUAUAAAAGGAUCCGACUUGGGCUUAAUUUAAUCAUAUUUAUGACUAACUAUAACGAUUCCAAUGUGAAAUCAUCAACCACGAUUACAGAUUCACUUUCAUUAAUUCAGAAGGGGGCGUGCGGGGAGAUGCUACUAAAAUGUAAAAUGAGUGAGUGCGUGAGUAAAGUAAGUGCCAUUCUCAUGGGCACUUACUUGACUCAGUCACUCACUUUACUUUUUUGAUUACUUUCCUUAUUAUCUUCCUAUUUCCUUAUUAUUUUCCAUACCGUAAUCGUUAAUCAUUAAUCUGAUUACAUUUUGCCCAAUACUGAAUAGGGCUAUGUUUACUUUUCUUUGUUUUGGGUAUAAUUGACUAUCGCCAUUAAAUUUUUUAACUAAUAUAAAAUAAACUUUUUACUUCUUCAUUUGACUAUUCAUACCGUAUUCCUACCAUACAGUUAAAAUAUUUUAUAAAUAUCAUUCAUCAUACAUAUUAGUUCAAACUUGUUUUCCAGUGUAAUAAAAAAAUAAUAAACUUUCAAAAAAACAAUGGUGUUUUCUGUAUUUAAUAAUUUCGAAUUUGACAUUAUGUUAUAAUAUUUUGUUUUAGUUCACUUUUAUCGUCAUUUUCCAUAACAAGUGAAAUAUCGGCUUAUAUUCGAUUUAGUUAUAAACUCUCUCUCAUAACAUACCGUAUUAUCUAAUAUGAAUAUUCGAUAACAUUUUCUAGAGUUCACUUUUAUUCAAAGAAUUACCCAAAGACUGUUCUUAUUCGGUCAUUAGCAGCAAGACUUAGGUUUAUUUCAGUUUUGAAGGUCCAUACAACAACACUUGACGUACCAUAGACCAAUAAAUUUUAUGUCGGCAUCAUAUUAAUUUCAGUGCUAUUUUAAAUGUAACAUGUUAAAUAAAUAUUUUGUCAUAAUUAUAAGAAAAUAAUGUUAUGGUAUUUCCUGUAAAUUUUAUUUAUAAAUCUUAUUUGUGACAAGGCCUAUAUUUAAUAUUGGUUUACAUCUGUAUUUAAUGUCUUUAUUGAUUAAUAUGAUGACGACGUAAUAUAUUUUAACUGGGAACUUUUAUUUUUUCGUAAUUAUUAUUGGUAAAAAUAGAUUGAAACUGUAACCUCGUGUAUUUUAAGUAAUAAAUUACUCUGUUUAAUAAA